AUGGUUUCUUCCAACACCGUGGAGCUUCUCAGAGAGGAGAUCCCCGUGAACCAACAACCUCUCACGUUGUCGGCACACAUCAAAACCGGCCUCGUACUCGUCGACGUUGUCAAUGGCUUCUGCACUGUUGGCGUUGGCAAUUUGGCGCCGAAAGAACCAGAUGAGCGAAUUUCUCGUAUGGUGAAGGAAUCAGUGAGGCUUUCCAAAGCGUUCUCUGAGAGACAGUGGCCAAUUUUGGCUUUCCUUGACUGCCACCACCCCGACAAACCCGAACCCCCUUAUCCACCACACUGUAUUAUAGGAUCGGGCGAAGAAAAACUCGUUCCUGAUCUCCUGUGGUUGGAAAAUGACCCCAAUGCAACACUCAGGCAAAAAGAAUGCAUUGAUGGAUACCUUGGGUCAACUGAGAAAAAUGGGUCUAAUGUUUUCAUUGAUUGGGUGAAAAAUAAUCAGAUAAAACAGAUUUUGGUUGCCGGUAUAUGCACUGAUAUAUGCGUCCUGGAUUUUGUCUCUUCUGUAUUAUCUGCAAGAAACCGUGGUUUCCUUCCACCUCUGGAAAAUGUGAUUGUGUCUUCCCAAGCUUGUACUACUUAUGAUUUGCCAUUACAUGUGGCCAAAACUAACAAGGCUUUUGUAUCUCAUCCGCAGGAGUUGAUGCAUCACGUUGGCCUGUACAUAGCCUCUGGAAGGGGAGCCAAUAUAGCUUCAGAGGUGUUAUUUGAAUAA